CACACUUCGAGCACGUCCACAAUCUCUAGUUGGACCCAGAGAGCUUGCCUAGUUCCAUGCCAUGUCUGUCAGAUGCCACCAUCAAAUUCUCACCAUCUGCCGGGAAGCAAGUCAAAGCCUAAAUGACCAGCCUCCUCCAUGCGGAAUCGAUAGACACCCUGAUAUUAAGUGAUCCCAAGGACUGUAUUAGCACCAUAUGAGAUAAACACCGCACCUGGACUUUUUUCUUGUUCUAACUUUGUAAACAAAACGGUUCCAUCAUGCCUUGGAAAUGUGGACUCAUUAUUACGCUGUUCCUCUUCACUCUCCAAGUCACUGCAGUUAAAGAGAGGAAUAAUCGGGGCUCUUUGCAGAGAGGAGUAAUCGGGACAGAAACAGAAGCCAUCAAUUCUAUGCACUUGGUUGAACUUCUGAAAACGACCAAACAAAACUCUGUCAGAACGAUAUUUGACCUGGAAAAGCAUCGGAGGAAGAGGUCCGCGGUCUUUCACUCUGGAGUGAGAGUCUGUCCUCAGGAGACCAUCAAUGAGGUCAUCGCCAGCCAUCAAGCCUACUACAGGCUCAGAGUUUGUCAGGAGGCUGUGUGGGAGGCCUUCCGGAUCUUCUUUGACCGGAUCCCUGGUACUACAGAGUACACAACAUGGGUUCACACAUGUCAACACGAGUCUCUGUGUCUCGCUGACCUGGCCACUAACUUCAGCAACUCAGAGGAGCACAUGAGUAUGGUGUACAGGAGGAUGAAUCUGCGAGACGAGAGGCAGUCGACUGGAGCGGAAGCAGCCGCAACCACAGCAGCACCAGAGGUCACUGAGAUAGCAGGUACAGAAGAGACCCAGACUGCUGCACCAGAACCACCCGCUCCUGUGACCAGCGAUGCCAGCGUCCCUGACGCUCCUGAGGAAACUGAAGAAGAAGUAGAAGAAGAAACCGCUGCUGAGGAGGACUCUGAGCUGCCCAACAUUGUCCCGGAGAACCUUGUGGAGGAGAUAGUGGAGUUCAGCAUUGACCUGGUGGACCCAGGCUACAGGGAACUACUGGAUGACCCUGACUCCCCCCAAUAUGUUGACCUCUCUCAUCACCUGCAAGACCAGAUGCUCCAUGUUUUUGACAAGCUCCCAGGAUUUAAAGAGAUCAGUGUUUUGGGAAUCAGCGAGACCCAUGAGAGUGAUGGACCUGGAGGAGUGACAGUGCACUAUUCUCUGGUCUUUCAGACAAUUUCAGAGGAUGACACAGGGACUCCAGCGUCAGCUGUGCCCAGCCUGCGGGAAAUGGUGGCCAAGGCUUUGAGUGAAGAGGCCUCUCUGCCAGUGGAUCUACAGUCAUUAAACUUUGAACCAGUAAAAGUGAUUCCACCAACUACAACACCUGUUGAGGAAGCUGUUGAGGAAGUGAUUGAAGAUUCCAGUGAGCCAGCUUUCCACAACGAUCUGGAAAUAUUCACAGAUGAGCCAGAGAUUGCUGUGGAGAAGCCUCGUCUGGAUGUUCCACUUGGCACUGUGGAAAAGGAAAAUUCUCUUGUCACCCUCCUGGACUCUACAGAUAUUCCAGAAGAAGAAGAAGGAGCAUCACCAGAGAGAGGUGAUGUGCCCUACAUCUACAAGGAUACUAGUGAUGAAUUAGUGUACAUUGCUGAGAGUGAGUCUGAAGCAACAACUGAACCAGAGGAAGAGGUGCCAUUUAUCACACACAUGAUUGAAACCAUUCAUGCCAUUGAUGAGGGAACUGGUGAGCUUGUAAGAUACUAUUUCCCAACGCCUCCUGCUGAGGGAUACCUUGAGCCACCUUUUGGUAAUUUAGUCCCUACUAAUGGGUACCCUGUUUUACCCCAUGAGGAUUUGGAUAUUACCUCCGCUCCUGAAAUAGAAAGUAUAGAAACUGAUACGCCAGCUGAACUGUUUCCUAACUUGAUAUCAGAGGAGGAGGCUGUUGUUGAGAAGGAGACUGAGCCUACUCCAACCACUCAGAUUCUGCUCACCACAGCCACAGCCAUUGAGGAAGAGGUAUCUGACCCUGGAUUACCUGUGACGACUCUCUCAGCCAUCACAGAUCAGCAUGCCACUGAAGCAAUAGAGGACCUUGAAGUUGAAGAGGAUUUUAACCUUCUUCCGAUUGAAGAGGUUGAGGAACCAGAACCUGAAAAAGACGUAGUUGUGGAACCAGAACCUGAGGAAGAGGUAUUUGAGGAACCAGAGCCUGAGGAAGAAGUAACUGAGGAACCAGAACCUGAAGAAGAGGUAGUUGAAGAACCAGAGCCUGAGGAAGAGGUAGUUGAGGAACCAGAUCCCAAGGAAGACAUAGUUGAGGAACCAGAACCAGAGGAAGAGGUGGAUGAGGUCUUGGUAGUUGAGGUCUCGGAACCUGAGGAAGAGGUAUCUGAGGAACCAGAACCUGGGGAGAAGGUAGAUGAGGUCUCGGAACCUGAGGAAGAGGUAGUUGAGGUCUUGGAACCUGAGGAAGAAGUAGUUGAACCAGAACCUGAGGAAGCAGUACUUGAGGAACUACAAACUGAGGAAGAGGUAGUUGAGGUCUCGGAACCUGAGAAAGAGGUAGUUGAGGAAAUAGAACCUGAGGAAGAGGUAGUUGGGGAACCAGAGCCUGAGGAAGAGGUAGUUAAGCUCGCGGAACCUGAGAAAGAGGUAGUUGAGGAAAUAGAACCUGAGGAAGAGGUAGUUGGGGAACCAGAGCCUGGGGAAGAGGUAGUUGAGGAACCAGAACCUGAGGAAGAGGUAGUUGAGGAACAAGAACCUGAGGAAGCGGUAGUUGAGGAACUAGAACCUCAGGAAGAGGUAGUUGAGGAACCAAAGCCUGAGGAAGAGGUAGUUGAGGAACCAGAACCUGAGGAAGAGGUAGUUGAAGAACCAGAACCUGAGGAAGAGGUAGUUGAGGAACCAGAGCCUGAGGAAGAGGUAGUUGAGGAAUCAGAACCUGAGGAAGAGGUAGUUAAGCUCGCGGAACCUGAGAAAGAGGUAGUUGAGGAAAUAGAACCUGAGGAAGAGGUAGUUGGGGAACCAGAGCCUGGGGAAGAGGUAGUUGAGGAACCAGAACCUGAGGAAGAGGUAGUUGAGGAACAAGAACCUGAGGAAGCGGUAGUUGAGGAACUAGAACCUCAGGAAGAGGUAGUUGAGGAACCAAAGCCUGAGGAAGAGGUAGUUGAGGAACCAGAACCUGAGGAAGAGGUAGUUAAGCUUGCGGAACCUGAGAAAGAGGUAGUUGAGGAAAUAGAACCUGAGGAAGAGGUAGUUGGGGAACCAGAGCCUGGGGAAGAGGUAGUUGAGGAACCAGAACCUGAGGAAGAGGUAGUUGAGGAACAAGAACCUGAGGAAGCGGUAGUUGAGGAACUAGAACCUCAGGAAGAGGUAGUUGAGGAACCAAAGCCUGAGGAAGAGGUAGUUGAGGAACCAGAACCUGAGGAAGAGGUAGUUGAAGAACCAGAACCUGAGGAAGAGGUAGUUGAGGAACCAGAGCCUGAGGAAGAGGUAGUUGAGGAAUCAGAAUCUGAGGAAGAGGUAGUUGAGGAACCAGAGCCCAAGGAAGACAUAGUUGAGGAACCAGAACCUAAGGAAGAGGUGGAUGAGGUCUUGGUAGUUGAGAACUCGGAACCUGAGGAAGAGGUAGCUGAGGAACCAGAACCUGGGGAAAAGGUAGAUGAGGUCUCGGAACCUGAGGAAGAGGUAGUUGAGGAACCAAAAGCUGAGGAAGAGGUACUUGAGGAACUACAAACUGAGGAAGAGGUAGUUGAGGUCUCGGAACCUGAGAAAGGGGUACUUGAGGAACCAGAGCCUGAGGAAGAGGUAGUUAAGGAACCAGAGCCUGAGGAAGAGGUAGUUAAGGAACCCGAGCCUGAGGAAGAGGUAGUUGAGGAACCAGAACCUGAGGAAGAGGUAGUUGAGGAACCAGAACUUGAGGAAGAGGUAGUUGAGCUCUCUGAACCUGCGAAAGAGGUACUUGAGGAAAUAGAACCUGAGGAAGAGGUAGUUGAGGAACCAGAGGAAGAGGUAGUUGAGCUCUCGGAACCUGAGGAAGAGGUAGUUGAUGAACUAGAACCUGAGGAAGCGGUACUUGAGGAACCAGACCCUGAGGAAGAGGUAGUUGAGGAACCAGAACCUGAGGAAGAGGUAGUUGAGGAACUAGAACCUGAGGAAGAGGUAGUUGAGGAACCAGAGCCUGAGGUAGAGGUAGUUGAUGAACCAGAACCUGAGGAAGACAUAGUUGAGGAACCAGAACCUGAGAAAGAGGUACUUGAGGAAAUAGAACCUGAGGAAGAGGUAGUUGAGGAACCAGAGGAAGAGGUAGUUGAGUUCUCGGAACCUGAGGAAGAGGUAGUUGAUGAAAAAGAACCUGAGGAAGCGGUACUUGAGGAACCAGACCCUGAGGUAGAGGUAGUUGAGGAACCAGAACCUGAGGAAGAGGUAGUUGAGGAACUAGAACCUGAGGAAGAGGUAGUUGAGGAACCAGAACCGGAGGAAGAGGUAGUUGAGGAACUAGAACCUGAGGAAGAGGUAGUUGAGGAACUAGAACCUGAGGAAGCGGUAGUUGAGGAACCAGAGCCUGAGGAAGAGGUAGUUGAGGAACUAGAACCUGAGGAAAAGGUAGUUGAGGAGCCUGAGGUAGAGGUAGUUGAGGAACCAGAGCCUGAGGAAGACAUAGUUGAGGAACCAGAACCUGAGGAAGAGGUAGUUGAGGAACCAGAACCUGAGGAAGAGGUAGUUGAGGAACCAGAGCCUGAGGAAGAGGUAGUUGAGGAACCAGAACCUGAGGAAGAGAUAGUUGAGGAACUAGAACCUGAGGAAGAGGUAGUUGAGGAACUAGAGCCUGUGGUAGAGGUAGUUGAGGAACCAGAGCCUGAGGAAGAGGUAGUUGAAGAACUGGAGCCUGAGGAAGAUAUUAGUGAGCCACCAGCUGAAGAAAUUAAAAUCAUCCAACCUGUGGAUUCUUUAGAGGACACUCUAUUUGGAGAGAAAACUGAUCCUGUUGAAGAGGACAAUAUUGUGCCAAUAGCAGACCAGUCACCUGAGGAGGACAUGGAGGAACUGUUGCCUGAAUACCCUGGGUAUGUGGACAUCUAUCCUGAGGAAGCUGUUGAUACUCUGGAAGAAACAGAUGACACACCAGAGGUCAGUGAAGUGGAAGAGGCUGCAUUGCCAGAGGAGAGUGAAGAGGAGAUAGCAGUGACAGCAGAACCCAUCCCAGACUAUACACCAACACCACCUGCAGAAUCUGACACUGUGCCUGUGGUAGAUGUAACAGAGUCACCUUCAGAGUUAGAGCCUAUGGAGGAGGAUACUGAGGAGCCUGAGGUGGUUGUUUUCGAUGAAGAAGCUGAAGAGGAGGUCGUAGAGGUCUCGGAACCUGAGGACGAGCGUGUGCAAGACAUUGCAGACGAACUUGACCAAAUGGACCUGUUGAGCACAGAGCCCAUUGACCUUCCAGAGGCCAGUGGAUACCCACUGGCUCCUGAGGAGCACCCCUUCGAGACCACAGCGUCUCCACCACUGAGAUACCUGACCACGCCCUCCAUGACCACGGCCAGUAAGGGCAGGGAGCUGGUGGUGUUCUUCAGUCUACGGGUCACCAACAUGAGGUUCUCAGAUGACCUCUUCAACAAGAGCUCUUCAGAAUACAGAUCCCUGGAGAACACCUUUAUGGAACUGCUGCUGCCUUACCUGCAGUCCAAUCUAACAGGAUUCAAGAAGCUAGAGAUUCUUAACUUCAGGAAUGGCAGCAUUGUAGUCAACAGCAAGAUGAAGUUCACCAAGUCAGUGCCAUACAACGUGACCCAGGCUGUCCACUGUGUCCUGGAAGACUUCUGCAACGCUGCUGCCAUGAGACUCAACAUUGAGAUUGACAGUCACUCUCUAGACAUAGAGCCUGCUGAUCAAGCAGAUCCCUGUAAGUUCUUGGCAUGCAACGACUUCUCUCACUGUGUGGUGAACCGAUGGUCUCGGGAGGCUGAGUGUCUCUGUGACCCGGGGUACAUGACGUUGGACGGCCUGCCCUGUCAGAGUAUCUGUGUCCUGCAGCCUGACUACUGCCAGAACGGGGGCCAUUGUGAGAUAGUACCAGGGCAUGGAGCCACUUGCAGAUACCCAGAAAAGUAUACGUCUUCCAGGCCUGACAAAUUAAGAAAAUAGAGUGUUGAAUGACAUCAACACCAUGUAUUGAGACUUGAUGACUGCAGAAGAGACACAGGAAAGUUUAUAAAGGAUAUCUAAUCGCGGAUGCAGAUCACAGACUGUUGUGAUUGCAGAAAGACAUUGACCUGUUGGCGACUGAUGGACAGACAGGCACUCAGCCAGACAACCCCUUCAUUUGACCUUUAAAGCCUGUGUUUUACCAGAAAGGAUACUCCCCUUUCUGUCAAACAGACAUUCAGGCGAACUCUGUGGACAGCUGUACUCAAUCAUUGUCAGCAGUGGGCAACCAAAGACUCGAGAACGACAGAUGAAUGUCAAACGGAUGUGAUCAUUUUGCUGCAUUUAACAAGGUGCUAAGGCACCCCAGGACAGCUAACCGCUUUUAUACAUAUGUGCUGACAUUUAUUUUAGUAGUUGGGAAUGUGUUUUUAAUUUAAAAUGCCAGAUGAAAAGUUAUAAGAAAUGUUUUCCUCAUAAUGAGGUACUUAUGUUGCAAUGGAGUUUAGUGAAUAACACAUACUGUACACCUGUGUGGGUGAUGUAUCAUUAACGUCUGUCUCUGUAAUACUGUAAUGGUGUUUCCUCAGUGUUGUGAAACUACUGUUCUGUACACGUCGGGGAAAUUAAUUGCUCACCGUCUUCAAUAGGGCUUUUUUAACUCUAUUUCCUCACAGAACUGUCUGUAUUUUUUCUGCUGUAGCAUUGAGUAAUAGAACGUCAAACAUGAGGGGCAAAAUCAGUUGAGUGAAAGAUGGAAUGCGUUUAUUUCAACAGUUAGAGAUCAGCAUUAGAAAGUGACAGUGAAAAGGCAGUAUUUGAGGAAUGAUUGUAACGCGUGGAGAGACACAGAGCAUAUCGAAGCCAGUCAGUAAAUGGUUGUACAUUACAAGAGAUAUUCCAGGAGACCCCACAGUACAGUAGUACACCCUGGUGUUCAAGUCAUACAUAAAUACUUAGAUCUAAACUGAAGAAGACAUGCCUCAGACACGAGCAUGAGUGGAUAGAUCUCAUGCAUUCAAACAACCACGAUGUCGCCUUUUCGCUUGUGCAGAGCGUCAAAGGGAAUGAGAAGCGCUAGAAAACAAACUCCAGACUAACAAAUAGCCUUACCUGAAGAGAGUAGUUCUAGUCUCACAAGAGAUUGUCUCUAAAACACACAGUACUGUACAUGACAAAGGCUGUCCUCCUCCUUGUAGCUUUGUUUGGAUGAAUUAUUGCUUCAUUUUAAAGUAGCUCUUUUUCAAGAAACAUGAGUCGUGCCCAAACCCUUUGAUUUUAGAGUAGAAAGAUUUCUUUUGAAAAUAAAUGUGUACAUUCCUGUAGAAACAUUACUCUCUUUGUAUCAUAUGCUUAUAUAAAAUAUUAUGUACGUAACUGUCUAUUGAAAUAUGAGAUAAAUCCAGGAAAGGGAAGACUAGUUGACUACUGUAUGAGCUUGAUGUCUUCUUGACCCCACCAACUUCAUUCAACAUGAUUUCACCAUUCAGUUCUGCUCCCAUAUGCACAUUUGGUCCAACAUUAUGACUUGAACGCUAUUUGAAAUCCUAGAGUAUCUCAAGAUUUGUAUGUUUCACUUCAGGUAAUACAUAAUCUCUUCACAUCAUAAUUAAGUUUAAUUAGUACAUUAUUUUUCUUCUUAAGACAAUAUUUGGAAUAUCAUAGCCUUGUGUGGACAACAUGAAACAAUGCAUUUCAAUUUCAACCAUGUGGCUUCAGGAAUUCAUGGUUGGGGAAAGUGAAAAGGAAAUAUCUUUCUUCAGCUUUCUUUCGAUCUUUCUCUCAUUAGCAUACCUAAAUCACACAUAUACGAAGAAUAAGACAAAUAAACAAAAAGGACUGAAGGAACAAAUCAACAAACUCAAAUUACAUUCGGUCUGAAAGCCAGAGGUUAAAAAAAAAGUUACCAUUUCAGUAUUAUCAAAUAUAAUAAUUUGAAAUUAAUGUGAAUUUAUGUGCAGUUACUGAAAAUAAUCCUUAGAUGAACCUGACGCUCAAGUAUAACUGUCUCACAUGAGAGAACAGAGAGAUCAUCAUCACCCCACCGCCACCACCCCCAGAAUGAGUUCUAGCUCAUUUCCACCCAUGGAUCCAACAUCUAUUUUGUGCAAGCAUUGUCCUGUAAUAACUACAUGAAAACAAAGUAAAACAGCAAGUAUUGGUUUGCGUGAAAUCAUCAAAAAGCUGUUAAGACUGCAGAGAGACAAAACGAUGAGACUUCAGGUUAAACCACCAACACAAUAAUAAACAUCUACGAUUUAAUACUCUUAAAACUCUUAUUUGGAGGCGCAGCUUUGAAACAGUCCCUACUUUUAGCAAAUUACCCUGUUAAAGUAGUUUUUUUUUAUAUAUAAGGCCUCGUAGUUAAAGUAGCAUGAAUAUUAAAGAAAAACAUCACAAUUGCUCAAGAAACAAAACUAGAUGUAAUAAUUACACACUGUCUGAUUCCUCUGCAUAGGUUCACUGCAAAUUCCCCUGCACCCACCAACAAAUAAUAAUCAACAAGACAAUUGAAAGCCGGCAAGAC